GUAUGCAUAUGCAAAGUGACUUUUCACCACAGUUUCCUCUUUAAUACCUCUAUAUAUUCAUGUACACAGGCGUAUAGGGAGACUUGUGCUAGAGCAGUGAUUUUAGGUGGACAUGGAGGUUCUGUACUGCACAAUUUAUAUGUGUUGUGCUUCUGUUUUGCUGUUAUACACAUUGAGGAUUCUAAACUGGAUCUGGUUUAGGCCUAUGAAGGUGGAAAAAUGCCUGCGACGACAAGGUUUGAACGGAAACUCCUAUCGAUUCCUUUAUGGCGAUCUGAAAGAUUUGAUGAGUACGGUCCACAAGGCCAAAUCAAAGCCAAUCAAUAUCUCAGAUGAUAUCAAGCCAAGAAUCAUACCCUUAUACCUCAAGACACUGCAGGAAUAUGGUACCAACUCCUUCAUAUGGCUUGGACCAAGACCAUCAGUUAUAAUUACGGAACCAGAGCUCGCAAAGGAGGUCCUAACUAAGAAUUAUAUAUUCCAGAAGCCACAAAUCAUGAAUCCACUGGCCAAGAUGAUUUCACAAGGAGUGGCGACCUAUGACGGAGAUAAGUGGACCAAGCACAGAAAAAUCAUCAACCCUGCUUUCCAUUUUGAGAAGUUAAAGCUUAUGAUGCCAGCUUUUUAUUUGAGCUGUGGCGAGAUUUUGGGCAAAUGGGAACAUAGUCUGUCUCCUGGAGAAUCACGCGAAUUGGACGUGUGGCCUUAUCUACAAAAGUUAUCUAGUGAUGCAAUAUCAAGAACGUCAUUUGGUAGUAGCUACCAAGAAGGAAGAAGGAUAUUUGAACUUCAGAGAGAACAGGCUGAACACCUCCUCAAGGCUGUUCGGUCGAUCUAUAUUCCUGGAUGGAGGUUUGUGCCGACUAAGAUGAACAAAAGAAUGAAGAAAAAUGAAAAAGACAUUCAAGCAUCAAUUAGGGAUAUAAUCGAUAGACGGGUGGAGGCAAUGAAGUCAGGGGAAACACAUAAUGAUGACUUAUUAGGCAUAUUGUUGGAAUCCAAUUUCAAAGAAAUCGAACAACACGGAAACAAGAGUUCUGGAAUGAGCAUAGACGAAGUUGUCGAAGAAUGCAAGCUGUUCUAUUUAGCUGGUCAGGAGACCACUUCUACGUUGCUUGUCUGGACAUUGGUUUUAUUGAGUACACAUUCAGAUUGGCAGAUACGUGCUAGAGAAGAGGUUUUGCACGUAUUUGGUAGCAAAAAGCCUGAUUUCGAUGGGUUAAAUCACUUGAAAAUUGUUACCAUGGUUUUACAUGAGGUCCUGAGAUUGUAUCCACCACUAGUUACUCUUAGUCGUAUAGUUCAUGAAGAAACGAGACUGGGGAAACUAUUGCUCCCGGCCGGGACUCACAUUUCACUGCAAACAGUCUUAUUACAUCAUGACCGCGAAAUUUGGGGAGAGGACGCAAUGGAGUUCAAACCAGAGAGAUUUAGUGAAGGAAUAUCAAAGGCACAGAAGAAACAAGGUUCAUAUUUCCCAUUUGGGUGGGGACCUCGAAUAUGUAUUGGACAAACUUUCGCCAUGAUAGAGGCAAAAAUGGCGAUGGCCAUGAUUCUACAACGCUUCUCUUUUGGGCUCUCACCAUCCUAUACUCAUGCUCCUCACUCGAUUUUAACUCUUCAACCUCAGCACGGGGCUCACCUAAUUCUACACAGGAUAUAGCCAGCACAAGUCACGAAUAUGAUCAAGCGUAUCAAGCAUGUAAUACAGUCAUUUGCAUAGCCCCCUAUUUCUUAUGAUUUCUAAGUUUAUAAUAGUUAAAAUUUCAAUGGCUUCUAGUAAGACUUAUCUCUCUCUAUACACUAUAUUGGGCUAUGAAGCAUAGACUCCUAAUAAUGUCGUGACAUAUGUUGUAUCAUGUCGGUCAUCGACACUCAUCGAACUCUAUAAGACAUGUAUCGGCCCUAAAUUUCGCGUGUCA